UCCAUAAAAGUAAGGUUAGGACUGUAAAGUGUAGACCAGCAUGUUUUCUCGUACUUAUCAGCUCGCUGCUCGUGUCUCGUGUAUUGUUUGACGUAUUUAAAAUUUAUAUUUGUAGGUAUUUCGUGUUCGAAAUAAUUUGUGUGACAUAAAUAAUAAUAUAUUUUAAACAAUUCGAUUAAAAAUUUGAAGACACAAGUCAUUUUAGGACUGAAGAAACUGUUGCUAUAUCAGUCGAGGGCAUUUGAGAAGUAUAUCAAGAUAUUAUGCCUGGACCACAAAAGAAAAAAAAACAUCACGUUGGAGACACAUUUUAUAAGAGAAAUUACAAAACCAAGUACAGAGCUAGAGACAUUGAUGAGGUAGAUAAUGAUUUAAAAAAAGAAAAUGCUGAUAGAUUGUUAAAGCAAGCUCUCGACUUUGAUAAACCUGGCGAGGGACAACAUUACUGCAUUCAUUGCGCGCGAUAUUUUUUGAGUGAACAAGUUCUGAAAGACCAUUUUCGUACAAAAUUACAUAAAAAGCGAAUUAAGGAACUUAAACUUGAACCUUACACUAUUGAAGAAUCUGAACGUGCUGCUGGCUUUGGAAGUUAUGUCACACCUAAGGCAAGAAUUAUAUCUACUCAACCAACAAAUGUAGAAGAAUAUAAAGAACCUGAAGAAGUAGAUAUUUGUUCAUUAAAUAUAGAUAUUUAAUAUGAUUAAAGUAUUUCCUAUUA